ACACUUCAAAGUGCAGCAUCGCGUGUUCCUCGUGCGCGCUUCUAUCAUUCGCAUAAUCGAACUUCUUCGGGACGAUUAGUUUUUCCGCGCGGGUGCAUCGUUAUUUCAUCAUCCCGUAUUUUCCCCGGUUUUGUGGACGAAUUUAUAGUGAACCAAUUGCGGCAACUUCCGAUCGAGUGGAACGUUAGAAUUGUGAUUCAAAAUGUCGUGGUUAUUCGGGUACAAAAGCCAAGUACCGCAAGGCCCUCCUCCACCGGGAGCCGAAGGUGGAGCCCCACAGGAACCGAACUCGGCUGGCCAAGCGGCCGGUGAUGCCAACCUUACCAAGGCCGAGCGCAAAGCCAUGGAAGCGUACCGGUUCGAUUCAUCUGCCCUGGAGCGAGCUGCCGAAGCUGCACGUACCCUGGAAAGAUCAAAACAUGCUCGAGAGGCACUUGAACUGUCGAAACUGCAGGAAGCAACUAGACAGCAGGAAUACAUGACCAAGGUCAAAGAAUACGAAGCCCAUAUAGAAGCCUCCAAGGUGGAACAAAAGCGCGUAGAUCAUGAAGAACGCCGCAAAACGCUGGCCGAAGAGACAAAGCAUCAACAGCAGAGAGCACAGUAUCAAGAUCAGCUGGCGAGGAAGCGAUACGAAGAGCAACUGGCUCAGCAACAACGCGUUCAGGAAGAGAACCUGCGGAAGCAGGAAGAAAGCGUAGCAAAACAGGAAGCCAUGCGCAGACAGACCAUUGAGCACGAAAUGGAGCUGCGGGAAAAGAACAAGAUGAAACUUUUGGAAGCUGAACUGCGAGCAAAAGCCAAGGUUGACCGUGAGAAUCGCGAUUUGACCUUGGAACAGAUUCGAUUAAAGGCCGAAGAAAAUCGUAUCACCGUUAUGGAGAGUAUCAAAACCGCAGGAUCAGUUCUUGGGCAAGGUGCCACGGCGUUGCUUACGGAUUGGAACAAGGUAGCCACAACUGUCGGAGGGCUUUCUUUGCUCGCCCUCGGAGUAUAUUCCGCCAAGGGUGCAACUGGAGUCACAGCCCGUUUCAUCGAGGCCAGAAUCGGAAAGCCUUCUCUGGUAAACGAGACAUCUAGAUUCUCACUCCUGGAAGCGGUUCGUCAUCCAAUCCAGACCUUCAAUCGGUUCAAAGCCAAGCCCGCAGAUGCUCUACAGGGUGUUGUUCUCCAACCAAAGCUGGAAGAACGCCUCCGAGAUAUAGCAAUUGCCACCAAGAACACCAAGCACAACGAUGGACUAUUCCGGAACAUUCUCUUCCACGGCCCGCCCGGAACGGGUAAGACCAUGUUUGCUAAGAAGUUGGCAAACCACUCGGGAAUGGACUACGCCAUCAUGACCGGAGGAGACGUGGGUCCAAUGGGUCGUGACGCUGUGACUGCGAUCCACAAGGUGUUCGACUGGGCCAAUACUAGUCGGCGGGGACUGCUGCUGUUCAUCGACGAAGCGGAUGCAUUCCUGAGGAAGCGAUCCUCGGAGCACAUUUCCGAGGAGCUGCGGUCGGCGCUGAACGCCUUCCUCUACAGGACUGGCGAGCAGAAUCCACGGUUCAUGCUGGUUCUGGCGUCGAACACACCCGAACAGUUCGAUUAUGCCAUCAACGAUCGACUGGACGAGAUGGUUGAGUUUGUGCUGCCCGGCAUUGAGGAACGCGAACGAUUGGUCCGCUUGUACUUCGACAAAUUUGUACUGCAACCGGCGUCCGAGGGAAAGAAGCGAUUCAAGGUAGAACAGUGGGACUACAGCGCCGUAUGUAGCAGAAUGGCUGAAAUGUGCGAAGGCAUGUCGGGUCGAGAAAUUUCCAAGCUGGGCGUUUCGUGGCAGGCGGCUUGCUACGCUUCGGAGCAGGGAGUGCUGACCGAAAAAAUGGUCCUGGAUCGAUGCGAAGCUGCCGUGCGACAACACAGGCAAAAGAUGGCUUGGUUAUCGGAACAGGAGAAACUAGAUCACAAGUCAAUCACAGGUGGAAAAGGAUUCAUUAUGUAACGCUAAGGUAAAAUCUAUGUUUUUGCAAAAGGGGUUCAAAUUCGGAACAGUGUCCGCAAUGUAAAUUAGACCGAUAGUUUUCAAUUCAAUGAGCUGGCCUCGUUAUCCAGUGGAGUGAAUGGUGGCAUCAUUUCUUCAGGUUGUUGAGCAUGUUGUUAAAUUCAGCAUUACAGGAAGAAGGAUUGUCCGUUCACAAACACUUGCGGCUCAGCCAACCAGUUCGAUUGGAACGGAUUGAACAGAUUCAAAAAAUUCAAUCCAACAUAGAAGCACCAACCCGCUGUCAGGUCCAAACCCGCUCGCCUCAGGGAAAUUUAUAUUAAACUUCUUCGAGCGGUAAUUGGACGAUCCUGGCCCACAAGCGGAAACCGAUUCCGAUGAUCACAGACGAAAUGAAACUUUUAAAUGCAUUUACUAAUCAUCUGCAUUGUCCUAACUCGAAUGUGUUCAACGACGGCAGUUUACGCUUCCUAAUUUUAUCGUUUUGUAUACCCUCUCAAGUAGCAGAUUAGUGAUUUCGUUUCAUGUUGAAAAUCUUCUCCGCGGGGAAAAAUAAUCUUAAGUUAUGGCGAUGUGAUUGGUUGGAGAUCCGAAAAGUUAUAUAUAAAUCAAAAACGUUUAA